CUCUUUAACCCCUUGCUCUAGCUCCUUUCUUGUCGCUGUCUUGUCCCUGUGUCUGCUCCACUCUUGUCCUUGUCUUGUUCUCACGCUUGUUCUUGUCUUCACAAAGACGGAGUCGUGCGGUGCCUUCCACAUCCUUUGCAAUCCUGCUUCAAGCUCGAUUGCAUCGCCCAGCCAGCGCCUCGUCUACCUCCAGAAGCGUACAUCAGCAUUCUGUCAAAAGUGUAAGAAGACGAGGGUUACACCCAGCGAUAACCUGGGUUGGUUACGCUCAGUCGUCAUCAUUUGGAACUAGAACAAAUGAGGUCAGUUCUCUUUGCUGUGCUCAGGAAUCGAGAUCAUGACUCUUUUUCGUGAUUCAUUCUGUCGUCGUGGUUGCAGAAAUUCUUCUAUUUCUCUCUGGUUUCGUUGAUCAAGAUUUAGGGGACGGGAGUAGUAGGUCAACCGCUGAAGUGAAGUGAAGGUUCUCUGUUGAGCAUAGUUCAAGAUCUUCGGAAGGCGGAGUUUUCGCUUGUUACGCUCCCUCUGCGAAUUUUGAUAAUUGCGAUUGUAUAUUUCCUGGGAGAUUUUUCUGUUCUUACAGGAAUUGCGUGGAGAUCAUAGGUAAAUUCUGUUUUAGGGUUUAAGGGCACAGUUAUGGCAGAGGGACCACAUGUACGCUAUUCCAAACUUUCCUCCUACCACGAUGAGGAGGAAGAAGAGAUGAUCGACCCGCCUUCUUUUGUGCGCAAUACAGCGCACGAGGAUCUGCGCUACGCAUUCGAGCUACCGAAGGAGGUGCCCUGGAAAUCGAUUGCCUUGGCUCUCUUCUUACUCGCCUUCGGCACCUUGUUCCUCAUCCUCGCGCAUUUUCUCUACAGCGAGCACAUGGAAGGAGAGAUGGAGCAAGUUUACGGAUUUCUGAUCCUGGGUGUGCUGCUAUUCCUUCCCGGUUUCUACGAGACGCGCAUCGCGUACUACUCGUGGCGUGGGGCAAAGGGUUACAGGUUCUCGCAAAUUCCCGCGUACUAACUGCUUCAGAAUCGGUGGGACCAGGCUCUAAAUCGCAAACGUAGGUCACAGUUAGUCACUUCCUGUAUGCAUAGCCGUUUUCCGGGCCCUUUAACUUGGAAUUGGCGAAGUUGAAAAUGUAUGCAAUCCCUCUCCUUCCCUGGUUGAGGCCUUCAAAGUUUCCCUGCAGCUGUAGUCACUUUAUCGUAAGUCUACUAACGGAAGACUGCGUAGUAUUGUGUUGGUUUGCGUGCAUUGCUUCCGACUGCGACAUUCCACGGAGAAGUGGCUGUGAUGAACUGCUAAUGAGAUAAUAGAUUAUUAUGGGCAUGCAGUUAUAGGAGCUGCAUCACAUAUCUUCAUGUACUUCGCUAGGACUGAGUUGAAAUUUGGUCAGUUGUGGAAAUUUCAAAGUUUGGAAUGUAUAUAUUUGCUCCAGAAGUAAAGAAACGGGCAUAAACAAAUUGAACAGGUUUGAUUUUA